AUGGCCUCUGCUACUAGCUUUUACGACUUUAAGCCGCUUGACAAGCGUGGCCAAGAGGUUCCCCUCGCCGACUACAAGGGCAAGGUCGUCCUCAUCGUUAAUACUGCCUCUAAGUGCGGCUUCACCCCUCAGUAUGCCGGCCUUGAGAAGCUCUGGACCGACCUGAAGGGCAAGUACCCUGACGACUUUGUCAUCCUCGGCUUCCCCUGCAACCAGUUCGGCGGCCAGGAGCCCGGCACCGACGAUGACAUUCAGGAGUUCUGCCAGCUCAACUACGGCGUGAGCUUCCCCAUCAUGCAAAAGACCGAGGUCAACGGUGACGGCACCAACCCCCUCUGGGUUUGGCUCAAGGACCAGCAAGCCGGUCUUCUCGGCCUCAAGCGCAUCAAGUGGAACUUUGAGAAGUUCCUCGUCGGCCGUGAUGGCAAGGUCAAGGGUCGAUGGGCCAGCACUACCAAGCCUGAGAGCCUUGAGAAGCCCAUUCUCGAGGCCCUUGCUGAGAAGCCUGCGGCUUAA